CAGGACGGACUCUGCCCGGUGACGCAGGGGCAGCCAUGCAGCAGGGCUGGGGCACCCUGGCCACUUCCCCCUGGACCCGCAGCCACCUGCAGCCCCUCGUCACCGCUGUCCCCAGGGAUGGCGCUGCCCGGCCGGCCCCAGCCGCUGACCCGUGCGGUGGCACCGGCCCUGCCACGCAGCCCAGCUGCCCGUCAGGCUGCCCACCGGGCCGUGCUUCCUGCUGGGCAAUGAUCACCCCGGGGUGGCAGCGGGCGCUGGGCUCCCCCUGCUCGGGGCACACGUGUGGGGCUGCGUGUGCACAGACACGGCUCAGCCCUGCCUGUGCCACCCGGCUGGGGGGACCCUGCAGGACCUCCUGGGCACCUCCUGGGACCCUGCAGGACCCCCUGAGCUGCCACCACUCGGCUGUGGGUGGUCCUGGUGGGAGCUGGUUCAGUGCCAGUGCCCACGUGUGGCCCCUGCUGGGGCUGGUGCUGGUCUCACCCAGGGCAGGCCCCAGGCCAGUUCAGAGCUGGAGAGGCACUGAGCCUCGCUGGAGUGCCAGCCCAGUGCCAGCAGCUCCGUGCCCGCCUGUUGCUGUGCCUGGCACAGGCUGGUCACGCUGGUCACACAGCUGUGCCACAUGUGGGCCAGACCCACACCCAUGCCAAACCAGUCAGCCCAAUGUCGGGCUGGGCUGUGCCAGGGCCAGGCUGGGCCGUGCCAUUCUCGUGCCAGUGCUGUGCCAGUGCCGAUGCCGGACCGGGCCGGGCCAUGCCAUACCGGUGCCGGUACCGGGCUGGGCCGGGCCACGUGGAGUGGGUGCUGGUACCGGCGUCGGGUUGGGCCGGGCCAUGCGGUGCCGGUGCUGUACCAUGCCGUAUGGGUACGGGAGCCGGUACCGGUGCCGGUGCCGGGCCGGGCCAUGUGCUGCGGGUGCCGUACCAUGCCGCACGGGUACCGGUACCGGUGUGGGUGCCCGUUCCGGUACCGUGCCGCACCAUGCCGCACGGGUGCCGGUGCCGGUGCCGCACCAUGCCGCACGGGUGCCGGUGCCCGUUCCGGUGCCCGUUCCGGUGCCGGUGCCGUCGCUCCGCCCGGCGCGCACCGGGCGCGCACGUGGUUCUGCUUCCCCUUCAGCGCGGCGGAUGAGGAGCGGCGCGGACCAUGGCGCGGCGGCCGGCCCCCAGCCCCUGCCACCCGCGGGCCCCUAG